GAUGAACGAGACAGCCCCAUGCCACGAGCUAAACACGGCCAUGGUAGAGGAAUACGUGGAGAUGCGGAUACCACCCCGACCUGUCACUGCUCUUAUCAUCAUGCUCUCCUGCUUUAGCAUCCUGGGCCUCCUGGGCAACUCCCUCGUGCUGUAUGUGUAUGUCCGUAAGCGCAACAAGCUGUCCUCCACCGUGUUCAUCAUCGCUCUGGCGGGAACCGACCUGGUCACGUCAGCCGUUGGGAUGCCUUACACCAUGAUCGUUGAAGGGCUCAACUACCAGGUGUCUUUGGAUGCCUCCUGCAAGCUCUACUAUUUCAUCAUUACCUGCACCAUACCCUUCUCCGUCUUCAUCAUGGUCGCCAUUGCUAUAGAUAGAUACUUGUGCAUCUGCCGGCCGCACUCGCACGUUCUCGAUUCUACCCGAGCCAGGAAUUCUGUGCUCGUGUUGUUAGUGCUUGCGAUUAUGAUCGGUAUCGUCCCUGCAUUGUUUCAUGGGGUAUAUCUCGAUACGGAUACGCUUAGCAGUAUCGACUUCCAGCCGGAACCGUUACAGAGAACCGUUUCCAAUAAUAUGGGGAAUCUGUCUGAGAUAUUCGGUCUGCUGGAACCAUGUGUUGACUGUGGUCAAAACUACGUGGAAGAGGAAGCGUUGUCAGCACAGAUCAUGAAAGUCAUCGUAGAACUGGCGAAACAAGUCUGCAUUCAGGAGGAACCGAGUAACGAGUCCUACAUCUACACCGGGAGAUGUCUGCCCAAUCAGAUUCUGUUCUCCGAGCACUUCCGGCGCACGUACCAGACGAUCUACUCCUCCAGUUUUCUCGUCUGCUUCUCUGUGGUCUUCGUCCUCUACAUCCUCAUCUACCGCUCUGUGCUAGUCCGGAGGUCAAGAAGGUUGGCUGCCAAAGCCAAGCUGACAGUCACACAUGAAGUUUCGCUCACUGAGAACCAGAGUAUGCUCAACGAUUCUCCGGAUAAAAGCAUUGCCAUGGUAGACAUUCAGAACGGUGCGAAAUCUGCUUCGCUCAUACGUAAAGAAAAACAGUUCCAGCAGCAACAGCAGCAGCAACAACAGCAACAACAACAACAGCAGCGGCUAUCCACAGUAGAACAGCAGAACAGCGACGUGGAGGCGACACCAGAGCCGUCGGACAACCAGCGAAGCCGUAUGCUGGGGAGAGAGAAGACGUUUGACAGAGAAGCCGGCCCGCCAGGCGGCAAGACUCCAGGGUGUGCCACCAGCAGCAACGGCUGCCUCAAGGACAAAUACUUCCUGGCCAACAUCCGGACAGCUAUCAUGCUCUUCGUUGUGACCUUGGCCUUCGUUAUAGCCUACUUGCCCUCAUGGCUCAUGGCCUUUAAGGUCAUCCGAUUCAACGUGAUUGUCUUCUACGUAUACUUCAGCAACCACAUCGUGAACCCGAUCAUCUAUGCCUUCAUGAACCCGGCCUUCCGUAGGUCGCUGUGGGGUCUGCUGCACAGAAAAAAGAGCAGAGGCAUCUGAGGGCGGAGGUCAAUACACAACAGAACAUUUCAUUGUUAUGCUUUUUUGACAACACAUGUCAGGAUACAACGGUUAUCAAGCGAAUAGCCAUAUUUCACCAAUUCCCUGGAGCUCUGCUGCACAGGUGCAAGGCAAAGCCUCUGAGAGAAGGAAGAGGGCCAGUUGACAUGACAAAACAAUGUUUAGUCAAGAUAUCUUUUGACCUUUGAUUGCUCAUGAAACAAAGACCAUUCGCAUAUGUGUCUUGCAUUCUUACAGGUGGAGAGACAUUUGAGUUGCUUUUGUUGCUGUUGUUGUUGUUGUUGUUUUUUAAAUUAAAGACUGGGCCAAUAAACUAGUCGGAAUCGUUGGGUGUGACAGAAAUAUAUCUGCGUCGACAUGGUGAAACCAGACGCUUGUCAAAGUAAUGAAAGAGAAGGAAUCGACAUUGUUCCACCCAAUGGGUUAUUUUCAUCGAAUUUCUAUCUUUUUAAAGAAAUUGAUUGUUUUUCUCUUAAGAUUACCCAUUUUAGGUCCAAGUAAGAAGACAUAUCUGUGUAAUUUUACUUUUUUAAAAACUAAGUUCAAACGCACUAAAAUAUGAACUUGCUGUUUCUAAGAAAACUCAAAAUGUGGAUGUCUCCAACGUUUUGAGGCCGUUUCCCCACUAAUUCUAUAUGUGAUAAAAAAAGGGCCCUUGCUCCUUCAAUAGUACAUAUCCCGACUUCUAUCCAGAAUAGAGAGCUAUUACUUAUCGAAAGCAAGAGAAACGAAGAAGAU